GGGUUGAAAUAUUUACCACCUUAUUAAUGAGCCAAAAACAUCUAUAGACCAUCCGGGAACUAUAUAUGUUGACAAACAUUAUCUUAUCCCACCUCAUGUUUUGUACUUAAAGAAUUUCCAAGUAUCUUAGCUUUUCUUCAUUUAAUCUAGUUUCAGCAUCUCGUGUGCUUUUCAGGUAUGUUUUGGGAGGCAAUCUUGGCGUUGCUAUUGGCGUUUCUAGCGUGGGCAUACAAGGCCAUCCGCCCUCCUCCACCGCUUGUCCACGGCUGCACUGGUCCGAGAAUCAAGCUUCGAGACGGGAGGUUCUUGUCCUACAAGGAGUAUGGAGUCCCUAAAGAGCGGGCCAAAUACAACGCCAUCUUGAUUCAUGGCUUUGGCUCUUCCAAAAAUGAUGAUGCCUUUGGCAAAUCGGAGCUGGUCGAGAAACUAGGCGUACACGUGGUGGCGUUUGAUAGGCCUGGCUAUGGGGAGAGCGACCCUGACCCGAAGAGAUCACCGAAGAGUAUUGCUUUGGACAUAGCAGAGCUUGGUGAUGAGUUAGGUUUUGGUCCUAAGUUUUAUGUGGUAGGAUGUUCCAUGGGGGGGCAACUUGUUUGGGGAUGCCUCAAAUACAUACCUCACAGGCUGGCAGGAGCUGCGCUGCUAGCUCCGGUGAUCAACUACCGAUGGCCUAGUUUUCCUCCCAAGUUAGCGAAAACAGUGUUCCGUCAAGAAUUACCGGAGGACCAGUGGGCGUCGCGUGUGGCACGAUACGCCCCCUGGCUUGUCUACUGGUGGAACACUCAGAAAUGGUUUCCUCCCAAUAGUGUGAUAGCUGGAAGGGCUAAUUUUUCAGCACCAGAUCUUGAAAUUUUAUCCAAAUUUGAUCCAAGUUCAAUUGACAUGGCGUAUCCGACACAGCAAGGCGUGUACGAGUCACUUCACCGUGACAUGAUUGUGGCAUUUGGGGCUUGGGAAUUUGACCCUAUGGAGAUCGAUGAUCCUUUUCCCGGUGGCGAAGGAUCAGUGCAUAUGUGGCAGGGCGACCAAGACGGGUUGGUCCCAGUCACCCUACAACGCUACAUUGCUAAAAGGCUUCAUUGGAUUAAAUAUCAUGAGAUGCAAAAUACAGGGCAUAUGUUCUUAGCUUUGAAAAGUGCUCAAGAUGAGGUAUUAGAAGCACUUUUUGCAUAAAACCAAGGAAAUCUUUCCUUGUAAAACAGGAGUAAUACCAUCCGGCCUUCAUUUCUAUACAAAAUCACAACCAUUCCAUUCAUGUUUCAACUUUCUCAACAAUAUUUUAAUGUUAAAUGAGAAUGUUAGAAUUUUAGUUAUGAACCCUUUAUUUCUAUUAUGGA